AUGAAAAUUGAAAUGAACGGAAAACAUAAGAAAUUUAUCGUCGAUGUAAGAAGUGUUUACUGUCAUGAAAGUGGGCAAGAGGUGAAGAAGGCAUCCAUUGCCGAUAACGCCAUGUUAAAAGAACAUGAUAGGAAGGAAAGCAAGAGCGGGGGUAGGCAGGGGAAGGAAAGAGGAAGAAGGGGUUCGGGGGAACUGGGAUCUUGGUCGUCGCUAACGGUUAAGAAUUCACUAGGAGUCAAGUUGUUCUCCGGAACUGUCUUGUUAAUAGAGUGUGAUACAAACGAACGUGAAUUCAUUAAUACCGUCUGGAUUAUAUCAUAUUUCGCGCCCUAA